GGGCACAGCCGUUUGUUGGUGGAGAGCUGCUGUUGACUUUUAUUUAUUUAUUGUUUUUUCGUAAAUACUUGAAAGAGAGACAUGUCGUUAGCUCCUCUCGUCUCGGAAGUUGUGGUGGCGUUUUGCCUCGCGGCCACUCUGCUGUACAGGUACGGGAAUGUGUUUCACCAUCAUCCCAUCGUUACACUGUCCGUAUUGGUGGCCUGGUACUUUUCCCUGCUAAUUAUAUUUGUUUUGCCCUUGGAUGUGUCUUCGACUGUAUUUCGCCAAUGCGUGGAGAAUUCGGACAACAUAACUGCAACAACGGUAUCUGAAAAUGUCACAACUCUUAGGCCGUUCCACAAAUGCAAGGCGCCUUGGUCUAUGGUGCCUUUCCCAGACACUGUUUAUCAUAAUUUCUGGAGAGUUGUAUAUUGGACCUCCCAAUUUUUAACGUGGCUGAUCUUACCAUUGAUGCAGAGUUACAUCAAAGCUGGAGACUUUACUGUACAAGGAAAAUUAAAAUCAGCAUUGAUUGACAAUGCUAUUUAUUAUGGCAGUUAUUUGUUCAUUUGUGGUGUGCUGCUUAUUUACUUGGCAGUGAAACCAGGUGUAGAUCUUGAUGGGCCAAAAAUCAAAGCUAUUGCUUCAUCGGCAUCAAACACUUGGGGUCUAUUUUUGUUAGUACUGUUGCUAGGCUAUGCUCUUGUUGAAGUUCCACGUGGCCUGUGGAAUGCUAGCAAGCCCGGAUAUACCUUACAUUACAGUUAUUUCAAGGCUGCUAAAUUGAAUAUCGAAAAAUACGAAGCUGAAGAACAUGUGGAUGAUGUUUUAGAGUCAUUGCAAGCUGCAAAUUUAGCAAUUAAUCCAGGACAUCCCUUUCAUUACUAUCUUGAAACAAUAUUUCAAAAAAUUCCAGCAGAGCUUAAAGAUAAGAUGAAUCGAAGACAAUUGCCUGCUGAUACGCCAAUCGAUGUGCCGUCGGAAAAAAUAUUGAUUCGAUUGCAUAGAAAUACAAUAAAAUCCCUGCAAACUUUGCAAAGAACAGAAACGCAAUGGGGGAUUUUAGUGGACAGUGUCUUUGAUCUGGAGGAUAUUUCUAGAAAUCAAACUAGUCACGACCGGAGAUUCAAACCAUCAUUCCCCGUCCAACGUCCAUGGCUGUUAAAUUCUUGUUAUACUCCCACACUAGAAUGGUAUUGGAAGUGUUUUAUUAAGAGUUAUGUGCAAAAAAUGUUGGCUAUAGUGGCAGGUGUGCUGUCACUAGCUGUUGUGUGGUCGGAAGUAACUUUCUUCAAUAAGUCGCCCAAAUUGUCAAUAUUCGCACAAUUUGUCGAUAUAGCUAGAGAUAAUUAUGAUUACUUCACAAUCGAGAUACUUUCCACGUUAGUGAUUGCUUACUUAUGCUACUGUGCAUACUCGACUAUUUUGAAAAUAAGAGUAUUGAAUUUAUAUUAUUUAGCACCUCAUCAUCAAACUAACGAGUAUAGUUUAAUAUUCAGUGGCAUGAUGUUGUGUCGACUGACUCCUCCAUUGUGCUUGAACUUUUUGAGUUUAAUUCACAUGGAUUCGCACAUAAUUAAAACACAAGUUAUGGAAACACAAUACACGCAGGUGAUGGGUCACAUGGACGUCAUAAAAAUUGUGUCUGAUGGAUUUAAUAUAUAUUUUCCCAUGGGCAUUCUUGCAUUCUGCUUGGCAACAUAUUUCAGUAUUGGCAGUCGUUUGCUGUCCAUUCUUGGUUUUCAACAAUUUUUAGGGGAUGAUGAGCUCACUACUGAUCUUGUUGAAGAAGGACGUGAUUUAAUUAAAAGAGAAAGGCGGAAACGGCAAAGACAAGAGGAAUCAAUGAACCGUCGUCGAGAGUUCCAAGAGCGUUUUCCAAGUACAGGGAGCAAUUCACGAUAUCGGCAAUCAAGGCAGAACACGGAUACGGUCCGAUCCUUGAGAAGGGAUGAUUCCACCGAAUCGGCACGCGCCGGCUUGUUGCGCGACUUCGAGCCCACGACGGAAUACAGUAGCGGUGGGGGUGGCAGCGGUAGCACCGCAGUUGGAUCUCACUCGUACACCAACGACAAUUACGGAGCCAACUAUAAUAGCUUCGUCCAUGACGGUAGAUACCACACCGAGGACUACUCAGAUUUCACGACGGAUAAUUUUAAGACGUUUUCGGGCAGUAGCAGUCGGGUGGGUCCUCCGCCGAGAGGCUUGUUUGAUGACAUUUGAGAAAUCGCGUGAAAGAGUCCAGCGAGUCAUGCUUGCCAAGCAAAAAGUGUCUCUAUUGUCAGACCACUAAUUGUUUUCCGUGACAAUGAUUUAUGCAUGAUUUUGAUAAAUUAAUUUGCAAUGACUGAAAAUAAAAGAUUAUUCGUAUUUGAAUUUCCAUGUGAAACUAUUAACAUUCGAUCAUUAAUGGUUAUUUAACAAAUAUAUUAAAGGGGAAGAUGAAUGUCGACAAUAACAACCAUACAUUGUUGAUAAAUGUUGUUGAAAAAUGUGUUUGAGAUGUUAUAAAGCAUUUAUUAGUCCUGAAUCCUACCGUUAUAUAAAUAUUAAUAAUCUUUACUAUCAGUGCUGAUUUUUAAUUAUGUUUUUAAUUUUACUGUGGAAAA